AAUUGUAAUAAUUUAAUCUGAAAGUGAGUUACACUUCGUUCUGCGCGUGUAUUUACGAACAAUAUCAAACCAUCAGUGGCACAAUCGACUUAUAAAGCUAUCAUUUGUGCAUCUACGCUAUUUUUGUAAAAUCUUAUGUAGACAGAAUUGCUUUGGUCAUCUAUCCAAAUCAUCAAAAUACUAUGCCUCUUUUUGGUAAGUCACAGAAGAGCCCAGCGGAGCUUGUGCGAUCUUUAAAAGAUGCAGUGACUGCGCUGGAAAGGGGUGACAAGAAAGCAGAAAAAGCUCAAGAGGAUGUGAGCAAAAAUCUGGUGUUGAUAAAGAACAUGCUGUAUGGGACGUCGGAUGCGGAGCCACAGACAGACAUCAUUGUGGCACAGCUAGCUCAGGAGCUGUAUAACACAAACCUGCUUCUGCUUUUGAUUCAGAACUUGAACCGCAUUGACUUUGAAGGCAAGAAAGAUGUGGCGCAGGUUUUCAACAAUGUGCUCAGGCGUCAGAUCGGCACCCGGUCACCAACUGUGGAGUACAUCUGCACCAAGCCGGAGAUUCUCUUCACCUUAAUGUCUGGGUAUGAGCACCAGGAGAUAGCGUCGAACUGCGGCACCAUGCUGCGGGAGUGCGCCCGAUACGAGGCCUUGGCUAAGAUUAUGCUGUAUUCAGACGAUUUUUACAAUUUCUUCCGUUACGUUGAAGUUUCCACUUUUGAUAUUGCCUCAGAUGCCUUCUCUACUUUUAAGGAAUUGCUAACACGUCACAAAAUGCUAUGUGCUGAAUUUCUAGAAGCCAACUACGAUAAGGUGUUCAGCCACUACCAGCGGCUGCUGAACUCCGAGAACUACGUGACCAGGAGGCAGAGCCUGAAACUGCUCGGAGAGCUGCUGCUCGACCGGCACAACUUCUCCAUCAUGACCCGCUACAUCACCAACCCAGACAAUCUGAAACUUAUGAUGAACAUGCUAAAAGAAAAAUCACGCAAUAUACAGUUUGAGGCUUUCCAUGUCUUUAAGGUUUUCGUAGCCAAUCCAAAUAAACCAAAACCAAUAUUGGAUAUCCUGCUGAGGAACCAGGACAAGCUGGUGGACUUCCUAACGAAGUUUCACACGGAUCGCUCCGAGGACGAGCAGUUCAACGACGAGAAGGCUUACCUCAUAAAGCAAAUCAAAGAGCUGAAGCCGUCCGAACACUAACAUUGAUUGCAUUUCAUCAGCCCUUCCUACACGACGUUAGUUACAGAUGCUAUUAUAUUUAAUUGCUUAAGUCACCGGGACUGGCGGACUAGCUAGCUCAGUUAACAUUGGAAUUAGAAACGGAAUUUACAUUUGGUCUGUGAUGAGUCAAGGAAGAAAGUAUAUUUGUGCUACGAGCAAAUUAACAUUUUUAAUAAAGAUUUGUAGGGAUUAAUGUUAUUUUAAUGGUUUGACUUAUGUCUUUUGUAAGUUGUUUAAACCAUUUUUAGUUAUAUGACGUGUGAGUGACGAGUCCGGAAUCACAGUCGAUAUGUCGCGUCAGAAUGCUCCUCGCCAGUAUUUUAGCAGCACAAGGAUAUUUAUUAGAAAGGAAAAAUGCAAGUACAGGCUACUAACCAAAAUAUUUCGUGCAGUGUUUAGGAGUAUUUUGAUAUACGCAAGACAUGAACACAAUAAGUAUCUAGUAUUGAAUGUUUUGUAUACGUUAUAACGCCGGUAGGGCCAUUGUUGAUUAGUAGGAACCCAAGAUCUACGCUACGAUAUAGGACAAGAUUUGUACGUGACAUUUUUGGAAAUAGUUUGUUUUUAAGUUUCUUUUGUAUCUAGAUCAGAAGUAUAAAUUGUUGAACAUGAAGUAUAUUUUAUAUAUGUAUUGUGAGUAUUGGUUGUAUACUUGAUCUAUACUUUCAACACUACUUUGAUGUCGUAAACAUUAUUUGUGUUGCAUAAAAGCUUUGUAGUAAUUUGGAUGUUUUAAUAAGAUAUGCUAAAUUCGCAGAUAGAUCUCUUUAGUGUUUCUAUGCAAAUUGUAAGAAAUGUAUUCAGCCAUUUAAAUAAAAUAAAAUAAAACUUUUUGUCAGCUAAUUUAGCUAUCCACAUUUCGGAAUUACUCACCAACUGUAUGGCAAUAAUUUACCUCUAAAACUGCUUAUUGUUAGAACUGACGUAUUUCCUUUUAAAAGUAUACCUCAACGAAGAAGUGAGGUAUAGAUCCCAUCACAAAAGGUCGGUUUGUCAAAUACAUUUUGUCCAAACAUUUUAAAUGGCUAAAUUCAUUUUCUAGGAAGAGUCAUAUAACAGUCCUAAUUUUGACAUACCUAAUGUAAAACGAUUUUAUUUUAUCAACAUCAUUAAUGCAGUUUACAUUCUAUCAAACUGAAUAAAUUAAGAUAUUUAUAUUGA